AUGCCGAACACACCCAGCAACGCCCGCCGUGUGUUUGAGCUUCGCCUUGCCCAGAGUGCGCUGAGCCCGCACGACCGAACCGCCGCGCCCACGCCGCUGGCUGAUCUGCGGACCCUCGACGACCUUGUAUGGACCAAAGAGGCUGUCUGCGUUGCCGCGCUCGUGCUGGGAUUCCAGGACUAUUACUGCGAGGACCUUGAGGCUUUCGAGAAGCGCGUUCAAACUUCACUCGGAGAGUCAGGUGGCUGCAAGAGCUUCCAAGACGUCUGGCACAAUAUCAAGGGUGUCACCGAACACUGGGGUUCAGACUGGUGGACCGUCCUCCAGCGACACCAAAUCCGGAUCCAGCAAGUACCGUCAUUCAACCUUGCCGUUUACCUGAACAAGUACUCGAAAGCUGCGCAGCCGCUCUCGGAAGUUGUCGUUGAGAUUCAGGCGUUCGACAAGGUCAGGCGUCAAGAUCUCAUCAGUGUCCAGCGGAGAUACGACCCUACUAAUCCGACCUACUUCGGUCAGACUGCUCAGCGUCUGGACUGCAAGUCGUGGCGGUUUUUCCUGGACCUCAUCGCGUGGAGGGACAAGCGAUCGAACGACACCCUGGCCGCAGACGUCUCUUCUGAGCGGGCGCGCCGCCUUGAGAAGCGCCAAAAUCGCCCAUCUAACUCGCCUGACAGGAAGAAGAAUCGCAAACGGCGUGCGGUGAUACCAAGGACACCAGCUAACCCUCGAGAUCACUCGCGUUCACAAUCAGUCGAGCGACCUAGACGAGGCCCAUCGGAAUUACCAGACGACGACACGAGCCUCUUUGAAGGCCGUCGGGACUCACUGUCAUUCCAGGACAGCACACUCCAAGAAGAAGACCUUCAGGACACACUCAACGAUCAGGAGAGUCCCUUCCGGCGUAACAGCAUCAUUGACCUGGACACUUCUCGUGUCACAGACGACGGCCCGUCGUUCGGGGACGACGAUACCAUCCAGCCAUCCACCCCGGUUCAUAGUAUAGACCUCAUGUCACUCAAAAUGCUCGCGCAGGAUCCAGACUACCGCGCAGUCAUGCGCAUCAUUGUCAGGAAGAAGAAAGAGAUCCAGUCAGCCAAGGAAGACAACUCUCAAGCUACAGCCCAUCUUGCUCAGGCGCAAGAGACCGCUCGUGCGCAUGCCUUGGAAGCGCAGAAAGCACUGCAGCUGAGUAUCUUGCCAAGCAAGGAUAGCCUGGAACAAAUCAAAACGGAUUUCUCCGCUAAGCUCAAAGCUACCCAGGACUACAAUGACCAUCUCGCAGGAGACAUCACGGCGAUCACCAACUUCGCUAGCUUAGGAGUAGCCUCGGCGACCCAGGACGUGACCAAACUAGAAGCCAUGAAAGAUGCGUGCGAAGCGGAAAUCAGGCAGAUAGAGCAUCGUGUCACACAAUAUGGAGCGUGGGCUGAGAAGAUGGGCGCCGCAGCGAGGGAGGUAGAGGAAGCGAAGGAAUGUUCUCGAAAGGCAAAUCAAGUCCUCUUGACAGCGGAUGAUAUGAUGCAAAUGGCGGAGCUGUGGCUGGGCAAACCAAGCGCUAAACUUUCCAUUGAAGUAUUGGAAGAUCUUCUCAAGGAGCCACUGGAAGAAGAGUAG